AUGAAAUCAAGAUAUAUCUCACUUGCCACUGUUGUCAGUGUUAUCGCAUUUAUCAAUGCAUAAAGCUCAGAAGUUAUAUAACAAUAGAUUAUUCCUUAAUAACAAUGUGAUUCAAAAUGUAGAAGUAGCUGUGUUAGCUCAGGAUUAAAAGAUACCUGCUUAACUUAAUGUGGAUGCAAUACCUUGAGUCAGGAUCUGAUGGUGACGUUUGCCAAGCAACAAAACUGCUAAAAAGACUGCAAAUCAACAUGUGUGGGGGAUUAAAUGACUAAUCAAGAGAUGAUCAAGUGUCAAGUUGACUGUCACAAUGGAUGCAGCCAAGUUUGUCAGUAUAUUUGCGAUAUUAAUGAUCUUGGGCAGGAGUGUAACCAAAAUUGCAUCAUUUAAUUACCAGCAGCUGAGUAAGUGAGAUAACUUGAACAAGUUCAAUCUGCAGAAAACACUCAAGUCUUUGAGAAGUUACAAGAGGGACUAUAUGAAUAUUAAGGUUUAUUAAUCAUAGGCUCCGUAGCUAUUAUUGUAGCCUUAGCUAUCUAUAAAUUUAGAGAGUGCUACCCAAAAGAAGUUGAAACCGAUUACCAAUGGUACGGAAAGAAUGACGAUACUAGAUAGACUGUUUACAAGAAGGUAUUUGGAGAGAACUUCUCAAAUGAUAACACUUAGGUGAUUAACAAGAGCCCUAGAAAGUAUGACGAAGGUUUUGUGAGAAUCCUCUGA